AUGUUUUCAAAGCUCCUCCCCUUUGUCACUCUUGCCUCCUUGGCUUUCAACACAUAUGCAAACCCUAUGCUUAUGAAGCGAGACUGCAAGUCAGACUACAACAAGGAAAUCUCUGACAAUCACGGCUCACCAGAGGUGAAACCAUUCAAAUGUGGAGAUCAUACCGUGCAACGCAAGAAAGCACUGAAUGCUUUGGGAGCAGAUGCAUGGGAUCUGUCAAUUACCAUGCAAGAAACUGGUUGCGACAUGACCUCAUACAACAAACAAUACUACCCAUUCGGCGAUUGGAACGCUGCACACUCAGAUACGAAGAAGGGCGACUCCGCCAACUUCAGUAUCUUCAAACUCAAUUGGUACCAAAUCCGCACCUACGCCAAAGAUUCCAAGUACUACAAGAAGCCCGAGUCAGAUUGGGAGACCGCAGGCAAGGAAAUCAACGCAUCUGACAAAAUUGGACUCGAUCUCUUGCAUCAGCUCAAGAAGUACACACCCGGCGGCAACCCAUUUGGCUUCUAUAAAUACCAGCGCGGUGGAGCUUCGGCGACUGAUCAGCAAGGAAAGACUUAUGAGACAGGCAUCAAUUAUAUCUGGGGUCAGGUGAAGGGGCAUACGACUGAUGAGUAUGCUGCGGGGUACAUUAUGCAAUGUAUCUGA